AAACCAACUCAGAACCGAGACGGUGUUGGGCCGUCCCCGCCCAGCGCUGCCGGGGCCGCGGCCCGGGCUGGGGACAGGCUGAGGAAGGGACAGCGGGGCGAGGCAAAGGCACAAACACUCCGGGCUACGUGGUAUGAGAGCAGAGCCGCCCCCGAAGAGCUUUUUCACGCGUACACCCGCACUCACUGCGACCUCCACCAGUUGCUGCCCGCCCGCUCCUCCCCACCAAAACGCCGGGGCUCAGCGGCUGCCCGGCAACCCCGCUGGCUCUCCCGAGAGCCCAGAUCCUCCCUGCGGGGACCCCGCGGGACGUUCGUCACCCCCGUCAUCGGGGCGCCCCGAGGGCCACCCUGCCCCCGGCCCCGCCUCGCCCCAAAAACUUUGCGGAGAUGUAGGAGUUACUGGUGGAGGUACAGACAAGGAGAAUGCAGCAGCUGUGAUUCAUGUAACAGCACAGCCUUUGUUGUUGACACCUGAGCCUUGGGACCUUUUGGUGACUCAAACACCAGCCAAGGAGAAAGCCAAAGAGGGUGAAACUGUGGUCUUGAACUGUCAUCUUAACAGUCCACAGCAUCCCUCCUUGACCGACCUGAUGGUGAAAUGGUACAAAGAAGAUGAAAAGGGGCAGAUGGACCUGCUAGAAAAGAAUGUGACCAUCCUGCCAAAUAACUCCAGGAUCUUCAUGAGUGGAGACUUGUCCCAAGGGGAUGUUUCCUUGAUUAUCCUCAAUGUGACAACCAGUGACCAUGGUAUUUAUUUCUGUGAGGUUACACUUCCAGAUGGGAAGGUGGUGACAGGAGAUGGCACAAAGCUCAGGAUCAGGAGAGCUCUGGGCUUGUUUGGUAUAGAAGAAUCCAUUGGAACAAUCAUUGGUGUUGUGGCAGCUGGUAUUGGAGGUAUAGUGGUUCUGAUCAUUGUGUUAACCCCACAGCUGAGGAAGUGCAUCCUCUGCAUGAGACAGGAGUCUCACCAAAGAUGGUCCCCUCCUGUCUGGAAAUGCCCUUUGCUGCACCUGGGUCAGAGUGGUGCUAAGUUUUUAAUGACCUGCUAACAUUGGGUUACUCCAACACAGAGGCAGCCAACACCAGGGCUGAGCACUGGUCAUCAGCGAUGGCAAACAAACACAACUGUGUCACCUGGGUAGCCAACAACCUGCUCGUCACAGCUGGGCUACGAGACAGCCCUAAUGGAUACAGACAGGUCCGGCUGGUCCGCAGGGAUCAGCUGGCCAGACCCCUGCUGUUGAGCAAAUGCCAAUAAGGUAAGAAUUUGUCACGUUGUGUUUGUCACAUCAACAGCAUCCUCAUUGCUGUGUGUCUUUUCCUUUUGUUUUAACCUUGCGACAGAGGAGAAAUCUUACUCUUCCCUACGAGUUGGCCAGGAUUUAACAGCUGGAUGCAAUGAUCUAAGAGACCUUUCCCAGCCUCAACGACUUAGAUGAAUUAUAGAUGCACCCUGCUGUUUUCAGGGAAGUGCUGAGCACCCUUAGGUCCUACUUUACAACAUAGGUGCUGCAGCAAUCCAGGGGAACAGAAAGGAGAAGGAAAAACAAAUCGAUUGACUCUAUGUGGAAGAAAUGUCAUUAUGCCUUGAAGUGAUGGAACUGUGAGAAUGGAACAAAAAGGAAAAGGUAAUUUGUGAUAUCACAUCAAAGUCAGUAUGUGGAAUAAACCUUAUGAAAGGACUACCCACUCAAUGGCAUUUUUUUCUUUUUCACGUAAAAGAGAGGUGCUUAGAAGCACUCUAGCCCUGUCUAGACAGAUUGACUGAAUUACACACAAGAAAACUACUCCUUUUGUAAGGUUCUCUGUAACAAACCUAGGAGGUCAAGGAGGUGAUAAUUCUCAAACAGUAUUUGUCGCUCACAGCCAGUAGUUUUGCCACUCUUUCUUUUUUUAGAAUGGCAAAUAGGGAAAAUAAUGUGGUCACUUUGACAGGUGUGGGGAACUCAACCACACUAAUCACUGCAGUAGUUCUUAGUAACAGGUAUCAAUAUUUCUCUAGCAAACAUAAAAUGGAAUUUUUUAGGCCUAAAUCUAGUGUGGCAUUGCUGAUUCUUCCUAGCUAAGAACCUAAAUAAAACUUUUAAUUUUUUCUACUGCAGCCAAGCAUUGCAGCUAAGGAAUAAUAAUAAAUGUACUUAGAGGAUCAAGCUUCCCUUUUACAAGCUAUCUGAUAUUUUGAGGCGUUUCCACUUGCAAAGUCUCAUUUUCUGCCUUUAGGAUAAAAUCCUAAAAUAAUCUGUGCAAUUUUAACAACAGCAGAAACACUGGCUGGUGAACACGUGGCCAAAUUUUACUCUCUCUUUUUCAGGAGUGAUGACUACUUGCAUCUCCCAGGGUCACAUAAAUUUGAAUGUCAUUCAGCCUCUAUGGAAAACAGCUUUUAAGUCACUCUGCUCAGCCCUUCAAUAAAAGCAGUGCUCCAAAUUAGUGAAGUCAUAUUUUACUUUCAAGGCUUCAUUGUGAAAUUUGUUAAAGGAUAACAAAAAUAAUUAAACACCCUACAUACACUGCUGUAGAUAAGCACUGUGAUAAGCAGGCCAAGAGAUAUUACUGCAGUUACUCAUCAUUUGUGAGGCCCAUAUUGACUGUUUCAUAGAUGAAAUAUUUCACAGACAAAUAAAGGGACAUGAUGAGAGGGCUUUGGGAGUGAAACAUCUCGCUGCAUUAAUGAAGACAGCUCCAUUAAUCUUAAGGGACAGACAACUUCUUGUUCAUGCCCACAGAGAUCUUUAACUUCGACAUUUUUUCUUCCUUCACUCCCCCCCGCCCCUUUUUUCUGUCAUUUUAAUUCAGCAAAAGCUGGUUUUGUAGCAACUUGCAAUGUCUCCAGCAGCAAGGUAUUCUGGAAAGCUCAGUUUCCUUCCCAGUGAGCUGCAGACUGCCUUCACCCCUGCUAAAAGCAGAGCUUGCUUCCUAGUAGCACCUGGUCUGUUGACUGUACAUAGACUUUGCUUUGGCUAUGAUAUUUCAAACCUGGCAAGAUUGCAAAUACCAGGCUCAGAGCAACAAGAGUCUACUAUCCUCAGCUUUACUCUCAUUUACUCUCUUUAUGCUCAUUGCACAGUACAGGAAAGAAGAUUGCAUGCAACACCUCCAACACUUAUUGGGAAUAACAAACCCAACAUCUUCCACACCAACAAAGAAAAGGGAAAUAACACCACGCUCUCCCUUAUUGUUCUGCCUUGAUUCAGUGGGAACUAACAGCCAAUGAAGGCAACAGGUUUGAAUACUCCUUGCAACUAUACAGAUUUCUUCAAAAGAGGAUAAACAGUGAUAUUUCCAUCACUUUCAUUUUAAGGACCUAGGUGAAAUAACCCUCCAAAUACCUUGGAUUACACUCCUUUCAUCAGGCAGGGUGUGCUCUCUAUGAAAAAACAAACAGCUAUUUCAAAAAAUUACAUCCUGGUUUCUCCUUUGCCCUCUGCCCCACAUAUUACAAGGUCCUAAGAGCUUUGGUGUCAUCCAGAAGGAGGAUAAGCCCUCAUUCAAAUCCCGAGUGAUACAUGGGUCAUCACUCCCAAAUCCCCACUAUGUUCAUAUAUACUAAGUUCCCUGCCCACAAGGCAGCAAAUGAGUCAGUGAAGUCACAGUAGUACAAACAGAGAAAAAUAAGGAGAUCUGCACUGCUUCUGGACACAU